AUUUGAUUAGCUUUGUGGUUUCUAUAUCCCUUAUUGUUGAAGUCUGAGGAGGUGUUCGAUUAUCGAUCCCACCCCUCUUCAGUAUAGCAUUUUUCGUUCUGAAAUUCGAAAAAUUUGAAGGAAAAAAGGGAAAGCAUCGAUGGCGUUGUCCGAUAACAUGACCGAUAAGAAUGCUGUUUUCAGAAAGCUGAAAGCGAAAUCAGAAAACAAGAUGUGUUUCGAUUGUAAUGCGAAGAAUCCAACAUGGGCAUCAGUGACUUACGGGAUCUUUCUUUGCAUCGACUGCUCGGCUGUUCAUCGGAGUCUCGGUGUACACAUCAGCUUUGUCAGGUCUACAAAUUUAGAUUCUUGGUCUCUUGAACAAUUGAAAAUGAUGAUCUAUGGAGGAAACAACCGUGCUCAGGUUUUCUUUAAGCAGCAUGGAUGGUCUGAUGUAGGCAAAAUUGAGGCCAAAUACACUUCAAGAGCUGCCGAUUUAUAUAGGCAAAUAUUAUCUAAAGAGGCUGCUAAGAGUAUGGCAGAAGAGGCAGGUUUACCUACAUCCCCUGUUGCUUCUGAGUCACCUCAAGCACCCAAUGGACUUCUUCAUAGCAAGACUGAUGAAGCUCCUAAAGAAAGUUCUUUAGGCGGGCAAGAAAAACCAGAGCUUCCUCCUUCACCGAAAGCUUCUCAUAAAGUUGUUACCAGCACUGUCAAGAAGCCUCUAGGUGCAAAAAGAACUGGAAAAACUGGAGGACUUGGUGUCAGAAAGCUUACUUCAAAGCCAAGUAAAAAUCUCUAUGAUCAAAAGCCUGAAGAACGAGUUGUCCCUGUUGCUUCCCCAGCUAAGGACACUGCACCCGUUGGUUCAGCUUUUCCAUCUCGUUUUGAGUAUCUAGAGAAUGAUCAAUCUAGUGAGUUGAAUUCUGGCGGCCCACAAAUUCUUGGCCAUGUUGCUCCACCAAAGUCAUCAAGCUUCUUUGAAGAAUUUGGAAUGGAGAGUGGUUUUCAGAAGAAAUCAAGCUCAAAUAGCACAAAAGUGCAAGUUCAGGAAACUGAUGAAGCUAGGAGAAAGUUCUCUAAUGCAAAAUCUAUUUCAUCAGCCCAGUAUUUUGGUGAUCAUACCAGGGUAGACAAUGAUGCACAAGUUACUUUGCAGAAAUUCUCAGGUUCAACAGCCAUCUCCAGUGCUGAUCUUUUCGGUCAGUCUGCCGAUAGUUCUAUUGACCUUGCUGCUAGUGAUCUCGUCAACCGACUCUCUUUCCAGGCACAACAAGAUAUAUCAAACCUUAAGAACAUAGCCGGGGAGACUGGAAAGAAACUGAGCUCAUUAGCAUCCACUCUCAUGUCGGAUCUGCAGGACAGAAUCCUUUAAUUCAAUGUUCUGGGCUUUAAAGAUAUUACCGGCCUAUAUGUUCUGUAGCGAAUGUAAAGCGAGUUAAUCAUAAAAUUCUUUCACGGAAGAGAGGAAAUAAUAUUUUAAAAGAAACAGCGUCCAAUUGUUUUUGUUACUUGUUAUACCACUUGCAGAGGUGGUGUCUUAUUAGUGUAGUCCCUUCGUAUCUGUAUGAGAUGUAAACCAAUCAAGGUUUGAUGUUGUGCGUA